ACCGCCAUGAAUGCUGAACAGAAUAUCUAUGUCUAUGAGCUAAGACAUCCAACAGAGUCACAGCUAAAUGCCAUCGUGGAUAUCUGUGUAAAGGCAUACAGUGGAGAUAUCGCUGCCAAGAUCUUCACAGGAGGCGAUUCUAGCCUUGAUGAACCUAUGUGGAGGGCCAUGAUUUGUGCAGGAUUUCAUAGCGGUGCAGUUUAUGUAUCAUCCAAUAGUUCUAUUUUGGACCCGAUUAUGUCGAUUGGAGUUUGGUUUGGACCGGGAAAUGUCUUAUACGCAACUGAAGAACAACGUGCUUUGGGUUUCACCAAAUUUUUUUGCCAGAUUGCUCCAGAAUAUCAACAAUGGAUCAUAGAGGAUUUUGGGCCCAAAACUCGUCAAUUCAAGAGCAGAGUGCUAGGACCAACUACAGAGCGCGAUAGCUGGUACUGUAACAUAAUGGCUACACAUCCUGCUUAUCAACAACAAGGACUCGGUUCGGCUAUCAUUAAAGCCGUUUGUGCUCGGGCUGCAAUGGAAAAUGUCCCUCUCUGCCUUGGUACACAAUCUGACUCAAAUGCUGCAUUUUAUCGUGGCCUGGGGCUACAUGAAGUUGGAAGGAUGGAUGAACUGACACCAUGGGGAUUGUUUACAGGAAAUAUGUUCAUCCUCAAUUCACCCAAACAUUGAUCACAGCCAGGACACAACUGUACUCAAGAUUCUUGUCAUGCGCUGGCUCCAAGCCACAACGCAGUACUCCUCCCUUCUUUAUCCCAAGUAACACCCCGAACCUCCCUCUUGCCUCAUGGGAACCUCCCCUCCCUCCCUAGACGCCAUCUCGAAACCUCCUCAAACCGUAUCCGAGAACCCGAUACCUCCACAACCGCCACCGCUUGACAGACCCGGGAACUCGUCCACGCACCCAUCAGCCUAUUCUCAUAUAUCUUAGAUCAUCCCCUUUAGAUGUCCACUUCACACAAUGUUCCCCUGAUCCUUUCCUCCUGUCUAUAUAAGUACUCGUAUAUCCUAAGGAUCCCCAGCUUGGUAUAUUUUGAACACACACCCUUUACAUAGGUCCAGUCCCUGUCCCUUUGUACCUGCUACCUAUACGGAAUUCUCUCUACUCUCUGUUUCUCUACCU